UCUAUCAGUUACUGGACAAAUGCUAUCUCCCUUUAAAAGCACCACUGGUAAGGAUUUUACAUUCACUAAUCCAUUGUUGGACAGAGAACUGAUGUUCUUAUUUGAGAAGAUGACCACUGAGGAUUUAUUUUCUCCCGCCACACCAGCAAUAGCGUUAUUGUCACAGCCAGCACUGUAAGUGUACUAAAGUUGGAGAAUCCACAUCACUUCUUCUUUCAAACUCUGGAAAAAGUGCACAUCACAAAACCAAAACCAAAUGUCCAGUCUGUGAGUGCUUGUUCUAAGGAAGAGACUCAUGAAAUCCGGAGGCAUCUUUGGGACAGACGAACUGUUUGAGGAUAAAUGGGUUCAAGGAAAUAUGAACUACAGUGAGGCCUCCUGCUGACCCUUCUCCAGUUGGGUCUGGAGUGCAGCGGCGUGUGGCCGAGAGGACUUCUGAAAGAUGAAGUCCAGUCUGAAACAGUGGCGACGGCUGGCCCUCGGCCUCAUGCUGGUCUGGGUGCUGCUGUUCCUGGCGUUCCUCUCCUACUUCAUGGAGUCCCGAGUGGACGACCCACACUCAGCGGCCGCCCUCUCCUAUACGGACACACGCCGCCUGACCUCGUUGCAGGGCAACCCCCGCACCAUUAUGGCCACCCAUUUGGUGCUUGGCACCUCUUCAACCCCCCCAGUCUCCAGCAAUACCCAACAGGAGCAAAGCCUGGAGGAAAAUCCCAGCGCCGACCCCCAGCCCAGUCCGCUCAGCCAGGAGGCCUACCCCUAUCCCGACCCUCAGAGCCUGGCGGCCUGGUCUGCAUUCGGCACCCAGGACCUGGGCUCCAGAUCAGCCGCUGUGAGUCGCAUCCGUGAGAGACAAGAGUAUAAUCAAGAUUCCCGACAACAGGAUGAAGAAGAGGACGAGGAAGAGGUGGUGGGAGGGGAAGAGGAAGAUGAGGAGGAGGCAGAUGACAGCAGGAGGAGGACGACUAAACGGGUGGCUAGGCAUGAAGACUCUGACCCGGAUGAGUACUACGUUCCCAGGUCAAAAUCUGUCGUGCGCAGCCUGUGGAAAGGGAGUUUGUCCGUGGGCAUGCUAAGUCCUCGCCUGCAGACCGCUAUGAAAGACUAUCUGAAUAAUAAUAAACACGGCGUGGCCUACAGGGGGCACCGGAAGGCACAACAGAGCGGCCAACAGGUAUUGUGUGAGCUGAAGAAGGGGGAGAAGGUUCGAACUUUGGAUGGGGCCGAGAUGCCUUUCUUCAAAUUAGGCUGGCAGAAGAUUGUACCUGCCUUACCUUUAAGCCAGCUGUAUGGGCCUGGCUUCCAGACCUGCGCUGUGGUCACCUCUGCUGGAGCCAUGCUUCACUCGGGACUUGGCAAGGAGAUUGACUCCCAUGAUGCAGUGCUGCGCUUUAAUACAGCUCCUACAGAGGGUUAUGAAAGAGACGUUGGGAAUAAAACCACAAUACGCAUCAUCAACUCUCAGAUCCUUGCGCAUCCCAAGCAUCAGUUCAACACAAGCUCAUUGUAUAAGAAUGUAACGCUGGUGGCAUGGGAUCCCGCUCCAUACACCCUCAACCUGCACAAAUGGUACUCCAAUCCAGACUACAACCUGUUCACUCCAUAUAUGAAGCACAGGACUCACUUCCCUAAGCAGCCUUUCUACAUCCUGCACCCGAAAUACAUCUGGCAGUUAUGGGACGUGAUUCAGGCUAACAAUCUGGAGAACAUCCAGCCCAACCCGCCCUCCUCAGGGUUCAUAGGCAUCCUGAUGAUGAUGUCCUUAUGUGAAGAGGUUCAUGUGUACGAGUACAUUCCUUCACUGCGACAGACGGACCUGUGCCACUACCACGAGCGUUACUACGACGCCGCAUGCACUCUGGGUGCGUACCAUCCCCUGCUCUACGAGAAGAUGCUCAUCCAGCGCAUGAACGUCGGGUCCGAGGACGACCUCAAACGGAAAGGCAAGGUCACACUCCCCGGAUUCAAGAACGUCCACUGUGAGCCCUGAACAGAAAGAUGCAAUAACGGCAGAAGAGAUCUGCAGACGACACAGGACUGCACCGAGACUGUUGAGAAAGGACCUUGUUAGAUAAGAAACAAACCUUCUGCUGUAGUUCAUACAAAAAAAAAAUGCUUUUCCUGAGCCUAAGCUUAGAAAAGAUGAUCAGAACAGCAAUAGAUAUGUCAUGAGAAAAGCUUUUUAGGUCUGUGGAUGUUCAUGGUGUUAAAAGCCAUCAGAAAACAGUGUUUGGUUUUUAAUUUAAUUAAAUUAUUUUUAACGGAACUCUGUUUUUCACAGGGUUGAAAGUAUUAGCAGUCAUAAACACUGAAAGCUACACUGUUGGGGUGGAAAAAGCAUUCACACAAAUACAUUUUAGCACAAAGGCUAGAUUUAUUCUCUGACUGAAGAUGAGCUUUAUUAAUCUGUUCACAGAUUUGUUUUCCACAUACUGACAGAUUUGAAAGCUUCUCGCCAUAAUGCUAUGAUUGUUUUUGUAAAUUAGGUGUCGUUUUCUGCUGUAAUAUACCUAGUGCCACAUUCACAAGCCUCUUUGAGAAUAUUUUGCUCUUCCAGAACGUCUCGCUGAACUGUGGCAAAUGAAUCAAUAGUGUUUUCCUACUGUCUAAAUGUUCUUUUAAAACGGGAGUACUUUAAUGUACCUGAUUUUAAAAUCAGCUUAAAGGAGAUUUUGAAUGUGACCAUGGUUAAUUUAACUCUCGUUUUAUACUUUGAAAAACCAGUCUAGACAGGUGGUUUACAGAAAAUGGUUAUUAUUGCUUGUACUAUGGACUCAAUGCAGCACUGUAAAUCUUAUUUGGGACUUUAAGGCUGCUGGCAAUAUAACAAGUGCAGUGGGGAUAUUAUUUGUUAAUUAUAAACUUUAAGGUUUUUAAUAUCUUGUAGCCCCUAAAAUCAAGAAGUCUCCAGCUGGAGUCGUCUUUAAAAGCGAAUGAAUUGUCGUCUUCUCUUAAAUGUACAGUUAAUGCGAUUUCACUUUGUGGUUUGACUUUUCUACAGGAGAGAAAACUUGAAGGUUUAUUUACUCAUGUGCAUUGUUUCAAUGUGUGCCAUUUUAAUUAAGAUCGAACACUUUCACAAGCUGAUUUUUCUGGAGAUCUGGUGAGGGGAGCUAGUGUCCGUUUUAAUCUCUGUUGUAUAUUGUAGACGUAAAACUAGUAAUUGAUGAUUUCACUCAGGAGCUCACGAUACUCUCUCACCAGGGUGAAAUAUUUCAUUUUCCUUCUAGUCCUAUGAUAGGCUGAGAUGUGUAAAGCUAAUAUUUGACCUUUACUUUGUCCUGUUUCCCCAUGUUGGGGGAUUGUAGAUGUUGAGAAACGAAGAGUGACUUUUUUGAACUCUUUUUAUGUGGAAUGCGAAAUUAGGUUUUGGAUGUAAAUAUUUUCUCACUGGUUUAGAGCAGCUGAACCUGCAGUGUGUCGUCGAUGUUGGGCUGGCCGUGGUUGUCGCGCUUGUGUGACCAAUCACAGUCCAUCGCACUUGCCUCCAAUCUGUGACAGUCAGAUAAUUAAAUAGGGUUUUUCUGUUGUUGUUUUUUUCAACACCUUUUUAUUGACAGGAAAAUGGAAAGGAAACGACUUGGGGGAGAACAUAUACACUAGCUACAGUACAUUUGUGGUCAUUUAUAUUUGCUUUUAUUUGUUCUAAAACACUAAAAACCUUAAUAUUGUGAAAUAUUAUUACAACUUAAAAUACCCGUUUUCUAUUUGAAUAGAUUUUUUAAUUUGAUGUAUUCCUGUUGUACAAAGCAGAUUUUUCAGCAUCAUUACUCCAGUCUUCAGUGUCACAUGACUCUUUAGAAAUCAUUCUAAUAUGCUGAUUUGGUGCUCAAAUAAACAUUUCUUAUCAAUAUUGAAAACACCAUUUAUGUGAAAAUGAAAAUGGCAUUACAUUGUGACAUUUUAGCUUUUUUUUUACUGUCACUUGAUCAUUUUAAUGUGUCAUUGCGGGGAAAACAAAAUUUAAACAGCAAUGUACACAACCAUCAGGCCAUGGCUUUGUCUGACAAUAGUUUAUCAGCGUGGCCAAUCGGUCAUGUGACUUACAGAAGGAUUAAAACUCUGCCUUCUACUUUCUCUUUAGUUUUUUUUAAAAGCUUGACGGUGAGAGGCAGAUAUGUGUGUCAUUCCUCUGUGAAUGUGUUUUCAUAAGCCUUUAACAAGAGGUGUUUUUCGGUGGCUCAAUCCCCGUCAAGAGACUAGGUGACUGGCGUUUACAGCCAUUUUAAUAGUAUUAUUUGAAGUGUUAACUGUAAAUAGUUUUUUUUUUUUUUUAUGUCAUGGGAUGAUAUGACUACUUUCGGAGGGUGGGGGGGUGGAUGUACAUUACGGUGCACAGAGCAUGUGACAGAAAGCAGGGCUUGUUAGUCUUCAUGGUAAAUACAUUUACAGUUCUAGAAACCGUAGGAUUUAGCCUGUGAUUGGAAAUGUGAGCUGGGUCUCUAGGUUUAGGUUUUGAGCAUAUAGUCUUUGUAAAAGAAAAGAGUAAAUGCAGUUGAUUUCACUGGCAAACUUCAAUGCUGUGUCGUAGAUGUGCACAGUUACAAUUCAGAGGACUGUGCCAAAUGUGCUGUUUUCCUAAGUGUGUGUGUGUGUUUGUGUGUGUGUGAGAGAGAGAGAAAGAGAAUGUUUGAAUUGUACUACAUUUGUGGUGCUGUGUAUCUGUGCCAACUUUCCUUUCUGCAUUUAAAAAAAUAGACUUUCCUUUUCCAUCUAUUAUUUUUCGUUUCUCCUUCUAUUCCUUUUUCAUUUCAUACAUUUCCUUUAAAUUUCCAUUUUUUUCUAUAAUUCUGCACCACAGCCUCUCUUUUUUCUGUCUGUUAAAGUUAUCUGUGAAAAAUUCUUGAUCUUUAGACUGUAAAUAUCUGCAAUUGUCUUUUACAGGCCAGUUCACUUUCAAAAGCCAUUGGCUGUUUUAUAAUGUUUAUUUCUCCAUAUGUCAAUACACACUUGUUAUUGAAUUCAUUUUUAAACCGCUAAAUGUUUGUGUAUAAUUUUGACCAUUUGUCUCCAUUAAUAAAACCUUGACCUUUACUUGACCCAGUAA